AGCUGUAACCUGAGUGACAACUGUUCCACACUGAUGAGGCUCGGAGCGGAGGAAGGCACUCUCACUCCUGGACAGGCAGCGCUCACAUGAGCUCCUGAAGAUUAUUCUCUCCUCAGAAGACUUUUCUGCGUCUGAAAUAGUUUUUUUGUGCAGCACCUCAGGCCUGAAUCGGUUUCCCUGCACUUCCACGAGGUGGAGGUAAGGCCGUGUGUGUGUGUGUGUUUCAGCUGAGGAUAUAUUACCUCAUAGAGGAUAAGCUGUGAUUGAAGAGGUCACUGAUUCAGACUCCAUUCCUCCUCGCUUCUUAUCUGAGCAGGUUUUCUGUUCAGAGGUUCAGAGAGGAAGUUUUGACAGCCAGGCCUCACAGCCCACACUCUGCUUUGUGGCUCCUGACAGAGGAGAAAGAGAGAGAGAAAGAGAGAGAGAGUGGAGUGUGUUGGUGGUGACUUCAUCCCUAACAAGCCUCCUCCUUUUUUUGAGCUUCCUUUUUUUUUUUUCUUCAGUCAAGCAGCAUGCCAGUUUUCAUCCUCCUGCGGUCCCUGGUUAUCAGGCUCCUCAGUAGCAAACUGGCAGGCUCAGUGGCACAGUUCCUAAGGAGAGGCCUCUCCACAGGCGCUGCACACCUUGGCACAGCGCUGCGCCACGUCUGGGACCGCAUUCGAUCCCAGGAGUCCAAGGAAGCCGUCCUGGGCUGCGUGCUGUGUGUCCUCAACAUGCACAAGAAGGUGGAGAACUGAACUCUCCCUCCCACUUUCUGUUCAGCCCUCUCUCCCCUGCAUGCUGAACACAGAAUGGACAACUGUUGAGUGGAGGAGAGUGCGCAAAGGGAUGUGACAGACUCUUUUUUUUUGUUUAUUUGGACUUCAGUUUAUUCGCUUUCUUAUCAAGACUCUGGUCAUGUCUGAGAGCAUCGUGAGGAAGGUGCAGCCCUUCACCAUAGGGACCAGACUGUCGGUCCCCGCUGUGCCAAAAUGCCAGGAUUUUACGCAGAGCUAUCUGCAGAGCACGAGUCUGGAUAACUGCGCGCUGCAGCACAACCUGAACUCUCUCUACCUGAGCCGAUCCCAGGUCUGUGCGCGGGACCCUUGCCUCGUCUCGCCCAUCGUCAAGCAAGCAGCCCCCGUGAAACGCGACCAGGAGGAGCACAUGGCAGCGGAGGACCACCUGAACCAGAACGUCGCCUCCUCCUCCUCCUCCUCCUCUUCUUCCUCCGCUGUCUCCAGAUCCAUCAAGAAGAUCACCAUCUCUGGGAAAGAGAGGUCAGAGAGCACGGGGCCAGCACGGCAGCUUUCUAUCACAGGGUCAACAUCUGAGAACAACAAUAACAACAACAACAACGUCACCAGCACAUCAGAUCCACAUCUGCCCAGGAUUGUGGGAGUGAGCUGUGAGAAUAAGCCUCAUUCUCAGUUUAAGGUUUUACUCAGAAAAGAUGGUGAUGAACAUCAGCCCACACACGGACAAACCAGGGUGAGACUGAACGGAGAGAAAUAUGUGCAACAGAUUUCAGUCCCUGAGUCACAGAAGAAAGAGCCCCAGAGGAUAGAAAGUCACCCACACACUCAGAAUGAAGCAUCGGCAGCUGCUGCAUCCCACAGCGACUGCUUCACUCAGCGCAACUCGCUCUUCAACAAGGAAGUGCUGCAGGCUGAGGCAUGGAUCAGAAGCAAAUUGCAGGACCUGAAGGAUGGCUGUAACAUUCAGCGCUGCCCCCUGCAGGACUGGGAGGAGGCCUCGCAGACGCUCCAGAGGGACCUCAAAGACUUUGAGAACACGCUCAUUCAACUCAACCAGAUGGGUGAGCAGCUGAUCUGCAAGCUGAACCCUACGUCCGACCUGGUUAAGAAGCAGCUAGGCCAGCUCAGGGACCAGUGGCAGACCCUUAAACAGACGGCUGCAAAUCAGACGAGGGCCCUCGGAGGGGCCAAGAACCUGCAGGAGUUCAACAAGAAAGUGGACAAGCUGGAGGCAUGGAUUAAAGAGAAGGAAGAGGAGCCGUCUCUGGUGAACGUCCUGGGGGAAAAUGUUGACAAAAUGCAGCUGACCAGGAGAAUUUUAGAUCUAAAACAGGAUGAGCAGCUCUACAGAAACCUCCACGAGGAGAUCAACCACUUGGCUCUAAAACUGGAGAAACAGGGGAAGACAGAUGGCAAGAACAUCUCCACCAGGAGGAAACACAUCAAUAAAAUGUGGCUGAAGGUCCAGUCUCAUCUGAAAAACUACCACGAAAAUCUUCAGCUGGCUCUGGAGGUGUCCUCCUUCUACCAGCAGGCUGAUAACACACUGUUUGCCAUCAACAACAUGAUGAAAAGCCUAUCUGCAUCCAAAGAGUGUGACGGCUUUGGCGACAGAGAGAUCCGGGACAUUGCCAGUCAGAUCAUGAUGCUGGACGUGAGCGUGUCCCAGCUGUCCAAUCUGCAUCCUGCCCUGGCCACCGGAGUCACGCAGAAGCAGAGUGAGGUGAAGGACUGCUGGGCACUUCUUCAUAAAGUCUUCAGGAGCGACAGGACCAUGCUCUCUCCCACUGGUUCCACUUUCACCAGGGAAGACGCUGACCCCCUGACACCGGCAUGUGAACCCCAGGGCAAUGUGGGAACAGAGACACAAAGGAUCAUGGGAAAGGAGGUGAAGGAGGAGCAGAAUCGUCUGAAAGGCUGUGUGGUGAGCAACCAACAGCUGGUUUUCCAUCCUACCAGCUAG